AUGGCAAGUGUGUCGGAGGAAGUUCGGCUGUUGAUGUCCAGGCAUCUUCAGUCGAACGUGUGGUCGGACUGUGCCUACAGCCUGGAGAACGUGAAGUCCUACCGCUGGCACCUCGGCUCCUCCGGCCGUGCCGAAGGAGUCUGGAAGGACAUUAUGACCGUGACCAAGGCCAAGCAGGUAUGCUUCAUCCAGCGGAUCCACUUCGCUUUUCAGGUGAGGCGACGGCAAGUGAAGGCGGCCAUGCACUCACGCAUGAACCAGGAGCAGUGGGAUGCCACUCUUGAAGGUGUGUGCUUCAUGGUUUGGGUGUUGGAUUGUAUGCGGGCAGCUACAACGGACGACGGUGCCGCCCCUCUGUUCUCCGCCGAUGUCCUUCGAAGUGGCUUCCAGAAAGUCCUGGAAGGGGACUACACGUCCGAGGCGGAGAAGCACUGCCUCCUCAGGCUUGCUGAUGUGAAGCCCCAGGAUUGCUCCAUUUGGGCCGACCACAUGCCCAAAGACCCGGCUGCCAAUGCACUCAAGGAUUGCAGGGAGCAGAUUACGAAGCUCGAUCAGGAGUCGAUUCAGAAAACCUUUGAGUCUGACUGCUACAAGCUGACCUGGGAUCUGUCUGCCUUUGCCUCCCAUGUCGACUCCCUGAGCAAGAACAAACGAACCGCCCAGAUCGCCAAGGUUUGCCAUGUGCGAGCCGAGAUGAAAAGAGGGUCCAAUGCAGUCGUGAACUUUAUGGAGAAGAACUGCCUCCACGAGACCGCGCUUUUCAAGGACCGGGACACGUGCGAAAACGUGAAGAAGUGGCUGAAUGCCUCGCGGCCCGAUGCUGCCAUCGUCUGGGCCGACCUCACAAAGUUCGGCAGGCUACAGACUGAGGUGCUGAAUGAGGUGUCUGAGCUGCUCAGGGGGGUUCUUAGCCACAGCCCCCAGAUCAUGGUCGGCAUCGUGGUGGUGCCAGUGCUUAGCUCUUCCAGGGUUGGCAAUGGAAUCCGAGGAGAGCUUCGGCGUCUGGAAGACAAGCUGGAUGCAAAGUUCUUGGACAAUGUUCACGUGAACAUUCGUAUGGGCGAGCCCCACAACAACAAGAAGCAUGCCCUGCUGUAUCCGGCCCUGGUGUGCUGGCCUGCAGGGACCUCCGACAACAUCUUCGAGUCAUCCAAGCUGGUCAUUGACAGGUGCAACCGCGAGCCGGUGGAGUGGAUGCUGGAGCGGGACUAUAAGGUCCCGACCAUCGGCAAAAACGCCACGCCGAGCACCCGGGAAGACCUCGACAGGUCCCAUUCCGAAGCACAGGAAGCAGCCCAGCAUUUGGGCGGACUGCACAUGCCACAAGUGGUGAUGCAAUCCCUGCUCAAGGAUACUGCCUUGGACAGCAGCAGCAGGAUCUGCUGCAUCAACUUUACGCCCUAUGAUGGGGCCUUCGAGAAGGCCUGUAUCCAGUCCGCUCACAACAAUGGGAUUCUUUCCUACUCCAUUGCCGAAGACAACAUGAUUGUGAAGUACUGCGAGAGGAUGGUUGCUCAGUACCUUUUGGAGGACUGGAAGACCGGGAACAACAUUGUCGGGGCUUCGAAUUUCCAGCCCGAGCCAGCAGCAGAAGCAGCCUCCCAAGGCCCUUCCGACCCUACCUUCAACCUCUGCUCCCUCGCCACAACCCCCGAGGGCAACUUGGCCAUCGCUUUGCCCCCCGGCAUCCGGUCGAAGUGGUCGGAGGACUCAGCACGCAAGGACGACUGGGAGAAGCUCUUGAAAAAGUUCUCACAUGUGAAUGCAGUGAUAAAGCAUCUUCUAAGGGUUCACACGACUGCGACAGCAUCCGGUACCUCCUCUACCUCUGUGACUACCGCUUCGGGGGUGUCCACAGCCGCCACGGAUGACGGCAUGUGGGCUUCUGAGCCCAAGACCAGCGAUGAGCUGGAGAGCAGGUAUGAUAUCCUGCACAGCUUUCCGGGAAGGAACGCCAACGUGACUCUGAAGAUCACUUCGUCUACGGAAAAAAACCAGGAGCAGGCAGCAAAUGUGUGCGAGGGCCAAGUGCACAAGCUGUUCUUGGUUCUUAACUCAGAUUUCAAGUUGAAUGAUCAGCACGUUGCCAACAGCGAUGUGACCCUCCCGAAGACUGAGUACCAGCUGGCACACGACCGGGCAUCCUUUCUCUCUGGGCAGAAGGUCCAGAAGCUGAUGGAGCAAGGAGGCAGACGUCGCUUUGAAGCUAGCAGCCUGUUCUCAUUCACGAUGGAUGAUCGUUCAUCUGAUCUGAUGGCCUUCCUCAUGUCUUCUCAUAGCAGCAUGCCCGCAGCUGCAAUGAAUCCCGAAGCGGGUGCCUCAUCCGCGAGUCCCAGCACCGGCCGCCUGGCAAGAACAGUCACGCCACCACCGGUGCAAAGGCAGCUGUCCUUUGAAUCUGAGACCACUCAGAUUUUGGGAGGUCCCUACAGGCGGGGGGCUACCAUGGACUCGGACAUGGGUCUCACACCGAAGACGGCUACGAAAGUACGUGCUGCUAGUACACUUCUUCCGGAAAGCCCACUGCCAAGCGCUCUGCACACAUCGGAUGAUCCUGCAUUGAUGAAGGAGAUUGAUGCGGUGACCGAGAAGCUGCAAACAGAGCUGAAGAUGGACGAGAAGAAGAAUAAGGAGAAGACAACCAAGAAGGCCGAGACUUCGGAGACGCAGCCCAAGCAGAAGGCCGAGACUUCGAAGAAGCAGCCCCAGAAGGCCGAGACUUCGGACACGCAGCCCAAGCAGAAUGCCGAGAUUUCGAAGAAGCAGCCCAAGAAGAACCCCGCCGAGGAGCCGCAGCCUGGAUCCUUGGGGGCCAUGGUGAAGAGUGCAGUCCACACCUCGGCUACAGCUUCCGGUGCAGGGAAGAAUGUGAUCUUUCCGCCUGGGUGGAGAAAGGGGGCUGAUUCGAAGGCAAAAGCAUCCGCAAAGAAGAAGCCGGAGAAGAAGAAGAAGGAGACCGACUCAGGCGAGGACCAGGAUUCCCAGAACGGUUCCGCAGCUUCGGCAGACGAGGGCCAGGGUUCCGACGUCAUGGAGGACCAGGAUUCCAAGAAUGGUUCGGCAGCUUCGGCAGACGAGGGCCAGGGUUCCGACAUGGAGGCCGAGGAUUCAGACGAGGGUCAUGCAAAGAAGAAGGCAAGCCCCAAAAAGGCAGCAUGCAAGAAGAGUGCCAUCAAACCGAAAGCGGCCGCAAAGUCAUCCGGCAACAAGAAGAACAAGGACGGCAAGAAGGGCGCCAACAAGAUCCCGGCGGAGGCUGGCUCGCAUCCCACUAAGAGGCCGAUUGAGAAGGAGAAGAAGCCCAGGAAGGAGACGGCCCUCACCGAAGGAUGGAAGAAGUUCUCGACCGAUUACAUCCGUGAGCACAAGGGCGAGGGCAAGAAGCUCAGCCAGCUCAUGAAGGAAGCCAGCGAGCAGUGCCCGCUCAAGGACGCGACCAACAUCGUCUGCUCGUGGGCCAGCGACAGCGAUCCUGUUGUGUUCGAGACAGCGGAGGGCCGGCGGUUGAAAGAUGCCGAGAUCUCGACCAUGAAGCUGCUCAUCGAGGAGAUGGAGAGCAACGGGAUCGUCGAUCUGACGAUUAACUCCCACGACAUGGACCGGUGCGACGAAGGAGGCGACGAUGACCACGUCUUCACGAUCGAGCCCUCGAGCGAUGCCCCCCCGCUUGUGUUCAAGUUCACGAAGAACUCCGGGCAGAACCUCAAGUUCACGAAUGCAGCCAGCUUCUUUGACAACCGAAGCCUCAUGUCGAGCGAGGCACUUCGCAUGGUUUGGCGAGUUAGCUUCAAUGCUGACGAGCAGGAGAUCUCACCGAAGAAGCCGCUGUACUUCUUAAAGCAGCCGGCGGAGCUGCAGAAACAGCAAGUGAUGCGGUUGCUGUAA